AUGGCGCUGUUCCGGAGGCUCUUCUACCGGAAGCCGCCGGAUCGGCUCCUCGAGAUCGCCGACCGCGUCUACGUAUUCGAUUGCUGCUUCUCGACAGAAACCAUGGACCAAUACAGAUACAAGAAUUACCUGGACAGCAUUAUUUUGCAGCUCCGUGAACAGUUUGCAGAUUCUUCAUUGAUGGUUCUCAACUUCAGAGAUGAAGGAAAAAGUCUUAUUUCAGGCAUUUUCUCCAAGUACAAUAUUACAGCCAAAGACUACCCUUGCAAGUAUCUAGGAUGCCCGUUACUUCCUUUGGAUAUCAUUCUCCACUUCCUGAGGUUGAGUGAAAGGUGGCUUAUGCUUGAAGGGCAGCAAAAUAUUCUGCUAAUGCACUGUGAGAAAGAUGGAUGGCCAGUUUUGGCAUUUAUGCUUGCAGGUCUUCUUCUGUACAGGAAACAAUAUAAUGGGGAGCAAAGAACUCUAGAUAUGGUGUACAAGCAAGCCCCUAAGGAGCUUCUUCAGAUGCUAACCACAUUGAAUCCACAACCGUCUCAUCUUCGAUAUCUUGGGUACAUAUGCAGAAUGGAUGAUGACAUAGGGUGGCCUACACAACCUAUUCCUUUCACCUUAGAUUGUGUAAUUCUUAGAGAAAUUCCAAAUUUUGAUGGAGUCGGUGGUUGUCGGCCAUUUGUUCGAGUAUAUGGGCAGGAUAUUCCAACAACUGACAAAAGUCAUGGUGUCUUUUCACCACCAUCAAAGGCCAAAAAACAUAUUAGGCGUUACAGACAGGCAGAUAAUGCGCCAGCGAAGUUAAAUGUUGGAUCCUGCGUCCAAGGUGAUGUUGUCCUUGAAUGUCUGCAUGUGGAUGAUGGCCGAGGAAAUGAAAGGUUAAUGUUUAGGGUGAUGUUCAAUACCUUUUUCAUCCAGUCUCACAUUUUAAUGUUGAACUUUGAGGACAUCGAUGUCCCUUGGGAUGCCGAUCACCAGUUCACAAAGAACUUCAAAGCAGAGGUACUCUUUUCAGAGUUUGAUGCUGAGUCUGAUGCAUCCACUGAAGUAGCACCUGAUUAUGAUUAUGAUUAUGAUUAUGAUGAUGAUAUGGAUGUUGCCUCUGCUGACGAGUUCUUUGAAGCAGAAGAACUCUUCAGUAAUGCUGAUUCCCAAGAAGGAAAUAAGGAUGCUGAUACUCUUUCUAUAGCCUCAACAGAUUAUACUUCAACUCCAAGCGCCGAACGUUGGAAAAACUUACCAUUUUCCAACUUUGAGCUGAAUAUUGGCAUUGAUGGACCGCGAGACAAUAAAGCCGAUAACUUGGGCUUGUCGUUAGAAACAGUAAAUGAUGGAAAGACAUGCACAUCCACUGAAGCCAAUACUAUGCUCAACAAUGAAACUGCAGUUGUUAAGUCAACUUUGGCAGCUACAAUAGAUGGAGACGCAGAUAGCGGCAUUUCAAGUUCUUCUACUUAUAAAGAGGAUGGUUUGUUUGAAAAGGGUAGUUCCAAGCAGGAUAUAAGGAUGGGUUCCAAUCAAGACUUGGGUCAGAUUGAUAAUGUGUUGGUUAAGGAGGUGAUUAUAUUAGAAACUAAUAGUCCUAAUGACAUACAGAUGAUCAAAGAGGUCAUCAUAUCUGAAGUUACAACUCCCAAACAGGUAGUAGACGGGAAUAUGAUGGAAACUGAAUUAGAUGAGACAGUCCACGAUUCAGAAAGCAUUGCAUUGGCAGAAGCUGAGGAUACAAAACAACUCAAUAUUUUUUGCAAACAGGACGAGGGACACAGUGUGCGAGAUGAAUAUGCUGCUCAUGGCAAUGGCAUAGUGAUUGAACAAGAAGAAAGCAGCAACGAAGAAAAACUUACCAUCAGAGACACAAAUUCAGAAGUGACUGAGCCCGCAGAUGAGAAUAAUGGGUUGGAGCUUCCAUUAUCAGGGAUACCACAUGUGCACUGUUCAAGCACUUCUUCGGGACUAAGUUUUGCCAAGGAAAAUAUUGAUCAGCUUCAUGCUUGCAGUAGUAAUGGCACUGCAGAACAAAGGGCGGGAAUUGACUCCAGGAGCCACUCUUCUAAUAUCUCUUGUGUGAACAUUCUACGAGAAGAAUCUAGCUUGACAAUAAACCAUGCUUCAACUUCCAUGAAUGCAAAUACAGAUACAACCGAUUCAUCUCGAUUGGUGCUAAAGAAAAAACCUUUUCAACCAUUGUUGACAUCUAGUCUUUUUGCUCCAUCAUCUCCCAGGCGCAAUCUGCUUCGUGCUGCAUCCACAGAUUUGUCCUUUUUUCCUCCAUCACAAACAGAAUCUAAACAGAACUCUGUUACUUCUACAAGCGGAAGGGAUGAUCCAGCUACAUCUUAUGUGCUUCCACCAUCUCAACGCUGCACAACCCUGGGAUCAUCAUCCAAAAUUUCUCUAGUACAUCCUCCUCUGCGACCAAUAAGAACGGUUUCAUCUCUACCUUCAUUAUCAUUUGAUGCAUAUAUAGAGAUGUCAAUGUAUUCUUCAAGAUCGCCCAAACACCAAGAGCAUGCUAAACCUCCCUCAAUACCACCACAUCGAUAUCUUCACCCACCAAUGACAGAGGAAAAUGAUCUACAUUCAGGUAGUCUAACUUUGCCUGCUUCUAACAAAUAUGCCCCUCAACCCCCAUACCCACCUCCACUGCCACCUCAACAUGAUUCUUGCACCCAAAGUUGUUCGAGCACCCUAAUAUCUGAACAUGAUCAAAUAAGAGCUGAUGGGUCUUGUUCCUUUAGUCCAGGUUGUAGACAAACUGUUCUCAACUUAAGCGAUUCCUCGGUAACUUCACCCUCUAAAAGUAGUAUAACAAGUAGACCUAAUAUAGUAACUGGCAUGGAUUUCCCAAUUACUAAUGAAGAUACAAAUUCCCUGUUGCACAUGUUGACUUGUUCUUCACCUCCCAAAACAUUACAACAUGGUGAACCACUACCGCCACUGCCACCUUUGCCUCCAGUACCACCACCAUCACAAUUACCACUGCCAACUAUAUGCAGUGACAGUGGAUCAGUUCCACUGGUAUACUCAAAUCCAUCUUCAGAUUGUCCAUAUAAAGAACCAGCAAUGCUACCAGAACACAAAUCUGCUGUUCCAUCUACUUCUCUCGAAGGACAUGAAGCAAGUGAAGUUCGAUUGCUGCAAUCUGAUAUUACUGUUGAGUUAUCUUCAUCAGAACAUUCUGAGUAUACAGUUCAGCAUGUGUUUGGAAGCAGUGAAGAUACAAUUUCAAAUAUCUCAUCCUCUAUACCCGCAGCACCUCCAUAUCCAACGUUUCAUAUUGUAACAGAUAAUUCCUCAGGUUCAAUAUCUGCAGAGCAACUAAUUUGUGAGCAGCCUUUAGAUCAAACGGCAUUAUCCAUUCAUUUGAGGCCAUUCAAGGUGGAGAUAUCACAAAAUGAAACAAUCAACGGAGUCUUGGCCUCUAUAACUGAUGAUAAAGAACGUGGAGGCAUUACAAUUCCACCGUCGCCACAAAAGUUGCCUCAGCCUAGAGAACAUAUGAAACCUCCAUCUCCACCACGACCACCACCUUGUCAUGCAACACUUGUACCUUCUUUGUGCUUAUCUUCAAAUCCACCUUCUCCAAGAGAACGUUAUGAAAAUCCACCUUCUGCUUCACCUCCACCUUUUCCUAGGGAAUCAUUUGUUGCUCUACCUCCACCUCCAGCUCCACUCCCUAAUCAUCCAUCUCUUCCUGGAAAACAUAUUAAUCCAUCUCCACCUCCACCUCCACCACCUCCUCCACCUAGAGAAAAUGAAGCACUUUGUCCUUUGGCUCUACUUUCACCUACAAGACAUGUUAUACCUCCACCACCAACUUUACAUCAUAUAGCAAUCCAACCUACCCUUUCAGAGGACAUUGUAAUAGUUUCACCUUCACAUUCAACAGCGGUUAAUAUAAUUCCAUUGCCACCACCUCCUCCUAGAAUGAAUGAAAUUUUGCCUCAACCUCUUGAGGGUGGACAAUCGACAUUGCCAGCUUCUCUUCUUGAAGUUACUAAAGAAAUCCCACCUCCUCCUAUCCUUCCCCCUGAAGGACAAAGGGGAUCUCCAUUGUCUACUCUUUGUGGAGGAAUUGUGAAUAUUCCAUUACCUCCACCUCCACUUCCUGGAGGACAUGGAGAAGUUCCACUAUCAACUCCUCCUAGAGGAUGUGGGGCCAUUCCACCUCCACCACCCUUUACUAAAGGGCUAGGAGGAAUUACAUUGCCAAUUGGAUUUCACAGUGGAGAUUUGUCAUUCCUCCAACCUACCAGAAAAUCUGAAAGUCCUUCAUGCCUGCCACCUCCACCGCCACCGCCACCACCACCACUAUCUUCCAAUGGACACAUAGGAGAUCCUCCUCCUCCUCCUCCACCACCACCACCACCACCUAUGAGUGUAUUUGUAGAGGCUCCGAUCCCGCUGCCACCUCAAACAGGAUGCAGAGGGGCUCCACCACCGCCACCACCUCCUGGAGGACAUGUAGGGCCUCCACCACCACCGCCACCUCCUGGAGGAUAUGCAGAAGCUCUAAUGCAACCACCACCUCCUGGAGGAUGUGUAGGGGAUCCACCACCACCGCCACCUCCCGGAGGAUAUGCAGGAGCUCCACCGCCACCACCACCUCCUGGAGGAUACAUAGGAGCUCCACCACCACCGCCUCCAUAUGGAGGAAUUGGAGGAGCUCCUCCUCCUCCACCACCCUUUGGAGGACUAGGAGGAACUCCACCGCCUCCACCUCCAGCAGGGUUUCGAGGUGGAGCUCCAACACCACCUCCUCCUGGAGGUCAUGGAGGUCCGCCACCUCCUCCUUCUAGAGGACAUGGAGGAGUAGGUGGCCCCCCUCCCCCUCCUGGUGCACCUUCUCCUCCAAUGCCUCCUGGAAUGCCUGGUGGCCCCCCUCCUCCUCCAGGUGGAAGAGGGAUGCCUACUCCACCCGGUGGAAGAGGACAUGGCCUUGCUCGCUCAUUAGGCCCGACAUUACAAAGUGCAGUACGAAGGUCAUCUCUAAAACCAUUACAUUGGGUCAAAGUAACAAGGGCAAUGCAAGGAAGCUUGUGGGCAGAGCUACAAAAACAAGUGGACGCUAAUAGCCGUGCUGAAUUUGAUGUAAAUGAACUGGAGUCUCUGUUUACUAUUGCUCCAAAGACAAAAGCUGGCUCAAAAUCAGAAGGCCGUGGAAAAUCUCUUGGAACAAAAUCUGAUAAAGUUCAACUGAUCGAUCUAAGACGGGCCAAUAACACAGAGAUCAUGUUGACAAAAAUCAAAAUGCCGCUCCCUGAUAUGAUGAGUGCUGCUCUAGCUUUGGAUGAUUCAGUUUUGGAUGCUGAUCAGAUUGAAAAUCUCAUAAAAUUUUGCCCAACAAAAGAGGAGAUGGAACUUCUAAAGAACUACAGUGGGGACAAGGAAGCUCUUGGAAAGUGUGAGCAUUUCUUUCUAGAGUUAAUGAAGGUGCCAAGGGUUGAAUCUAAGCUUAAGAUAUUCGCUUUCAAGAUUCAGUUUCAGUCUCAGAUUAGGGAUGUUAGAAAGAAUUUGCAGACUGUGUCAUCUGCUUGUGAUGAGCUCAGAAGCUCUGAGAAGUUGAAGGUUAUCAUGAAGAACAUUCUGUUAAUUGGGAAUACAUUAAAUCAAGGCACACCAAGAGGCCAGGCUGUUGGUUUUCGCUUGGACAGCCUCCUAAAACUUAUAGAGACCCGUGCCACUAGUGGUAGAAUGACAUUAAUGCACUUUCUAUGUAAGUCCCUUGCAGAGAAGUCACCGGAAGUAAUGGAUUUUCAUGAGGAUCUUGUCAACUUGGAAGCUUCUUCAAAGUUGCAUCUGAAAGCAUUGGCGGAGGAGCAGCUGGCAGUCGUAAAGGGGCUGGAGAAAGUUGAACAGGAGCUAACUGCUUCAGAAAGUGAUGGGCCGGUUUCUGAUGUUUUCCGUAAGACUUUGAAGGAGUUCAUUGAUUGUUCCAGUGCUGAUGUACGCUCCCUAUCAGCAUUCUAUUCUGAAGUAGGUAAAAGCGCAGAUGCACUUGCUCUUUAUUUUGGAGAAGACCCUGCAAAAUUUCCUUUUGAGCAAGUUGCUACAACUCUUCUGACCUUUGUGGGGUUGUUUCGGAAAGCUCAUGAUGAGAACCUCAAGCAAAUUGAGGCUGAGAAGAAGAAAGCCCAGAAAGAAGCUGAAAAAGAGGCAAACCAGGACAAAACUCCUGUAAAAUCAAAAAAUGGGAAUGCAGAUAAAUCACCAAGAUCACCAUCAACCUUCAAAUGA